CGAGGAGCUGCUAUGGUGCUUAGUUCCCCGGCAGAGCCGACCGAGACGCGGCGGUAGCGGCCAUGAAGGCGGGUGCCACGUCUAUGUGGGCUUCAUGCUGUGGGCUGCUGAAUGAAGUCAUGGGAACUGGAGCUGUCCGGGGCCAGCAGUCAGGAUUUGCAGGAGGCACCGGUCCAUUCAGAUUUGCACCAAACUCUGAUUUUUCCACUUACCCACCAGCACCUACGGAAGGGCCUAAUAUAGUUUGCAAAGCCUGUGGACUUUCAUUUUCAGUCUUUAGAAAGAAGCAUGUGUGCUGUGACUGCAAGAAGGAUUUUUGCUCCGUCUGUUCAGUCUUACAAGACAAUCUCCGUAGAUGUUCCACUUGUCACUUACUACAAGAGACGGCCUUUCAGCGCCCACAGUUAAUGCGACUAAAAGUCAAGGAUCUCCGGCAGUAUCUCAUUCUUCGAAACAUCCCCAUUGACACCUGUCGAGAGAAGGAAGACUUGGUAGAUCUCGUUCUCUGCCACCGCGGGCUGGGCUCUGAGGACGACUUGGACACGAGCAGUCUGAAUUCCUCACAGUCCCAGACUUCUAGCUUUUUCACACAUUCAUUUUUUUCAAACUACACAGCCCCUUCUGCUACCGUGUCUUCGUUUCAGGGAGAGCUUAUGGGUGGAGACCGGACCUUGGCAUCUGGAGCGCUGGCACAGGUACAAAGUGAAAUAGCUUCAGCAAACACAGAAGAAGAAGAAGAAGAAGAAGAAGAAGAUGAUGAUGAUGAUGAUGAAGAUGACGAAGAUGAUGAGGAUGAUGACGAUGAAGAAAACUUGGAGGAGCGGAUGCCCGGCCUCUCCAAGAAGCGAGUGAGAGCUUCGCUCUCUGACCUGUCGAGCCUUGACGAGGUGGAAGGGAUGAGCGUGCGGCAGCUGAAGGAGAUCCUGGCUCGGAAUUUUGUCAACUAUUCUGGCUGUUGUGAGAAAUGGGAGCUGGUAGAGAAAGUAAACCGGUUAUACAAAGAGAAUGAAGAAAACCAAAAGUCAUAUGGUGAGCGGCUGCAGCUGCAGGAUGAGGAAGAUGACAGCCUGUGCCGUAUCUGCAUGGACGCCGUCAUCGACUGUGUCCUGCUCGAGUGUGGGCACAUGGUCACCUGCACCAAGUGCGGCAAGCGCAUGAGCGAGUGUCCCAUCUGCCGGCAGUACGUGGUGCGCGCCGUGCAUGUGUUCAAGUCCUGAAGUCCAGGUUCUUCCCGACAGGACGCUCGCCCCACGCUUGAUCCCAGACAUUUCAAUGCACAGAAGGGACUGGAAACUUACUGUUCAGAGGCUGAGACUAUUUUUAAAGAUUAUUUUCACUACUAACUGGGGACAGAAAGAUUCGAUCCUAAGUUGUGGCAACAUUGGUCCAUGCCAUGCACCUAUCAGCCUGUGGACAAGCCGUUUCCCAGGUUUUGCUGGGUUUCAUCCCAUGUCCAUGAUCACUAAUUGCUGACGAAGUCAGACUGCUUACAGCGUCAGCUACUGCUCCCUUUGGAGAACACUUAUCCUGUUCUCUUAUUUCUCCUUCAUCCUAUUUUUAACUUAAACUACUCAGAUGUUUGAAACUUCUGUUCUUUGGAUGAGAUCACUGUCCACAAGUGGCCAACACGGUACACGCUGAGCAGUGUCCUCUCUAAUGUUCACUUUAUUAGUCAUGUAUAUUUUAAAUGCUACUAUUUGAUGAAUGUAAGUUUCCACAUUGUUGCUAUUUCUGCGUUUAAACGUAAUUGGGAACAAAGGACAUUCUAUAGUCAACUGCCAGGGCCUUAGAUUCAACAUGUCCAUUUCUGUUCAGGUACAGCUUUUUAGAGUAAGGGCUGCCUCUAGCUUCGUUCAUUAGAGAAGUGUGUGUGUUAAAAUCUUUAUUCACGUGUAAUCAGUUUACACUGUUUUGUAUAGUGAAAGU